AUGGAUCAUCAAAAGCAAGGUACUUCAUUCGACCUCGUAAACCUCUUGCCACCUGAGAUUGUUACCAACAUAUUCAGUGAACUGGAUGGCAUAGACAUUAUGGCAGCAUCAGAAGUGUCAACAAGUUGGCGCAACUUCAUCGCAGAAUCAUCGCAUUGUCUUCGGAAAGUCACUCUCCACCUUGAUAAUAUGAUACCGUCAGGCAUUGAUGAAUCUAUUUCUAUUCUGAAAUCCCAUCCACGAAGCUACGAGAAUAUUUCUAUCUUUGGAGUUUCAUUCGCCGAGGCAGUGGAAGCUUUGGAGAUAAUGAAUACUUCAAAAUCGUGGAAAAACAUGGACAUGGAAUUAUCGUCAUUCCAUUCAAGAAUGAGCCAUUCAAGAUUCUUCAAAGAAGUUGGCAAAACAAUGGAGGAUCUUCGUCUAAAAAAUGUUCGAGUGGUUAAUGGCGACAUCAAUGGAACAGUCCGAGAUGUGAGUUUCCCGAAACUCAAAGUUCUACAGCUCUACAAUGUUUCACCUGCAUUAAUCGAGGAUGUAUUUUACGACAUAAAAAGUUUGGAAAAGUUGUAUUUAAGCAGUUGGUAUUUCACAGAAAAGUCAAUGAAUACCAUGCUGCAUCUUCUCAAAUCGAACAAAGAUUUAAAGGUUUUAGAAUUGACCAACACUUCAUUUUCCGAUAUCAUAGGAUCAAAGAAUCUACUUGAGGGAAUUCAGUUUAAACUUCAGGAGAUGUUCAUUGGUGGAGACUUCCAUCAAGCAUAUAAUUAUAGAGAAUGUUUGAGGGAUAAUUUCAUCAAAUUUAUAACAUCACAAAGGGACAGCUUAACGUCUCUAGUCUUCGAAAGCUGGAUGGGCUUCGACGUUCUAAAUCACGUUUAUCAACUUCCAAAUUUAAAGUUUCUUUGUAUCAGAAAUUUGAAUAGAGUUUAUCAACUUAUUGAUUGGAGAUUUGUGGCCUUGCCAAAAAGCCAUUCACUGCGAAAAAUAUGUCUUUUAAACUUCCCCGACUCUUGUGACAUGCUGAAAGUAUUUGCAUCAGCUUCACCAAAAUCUCAAAUUCACGUCACAUUCAAUACUUUUGUAAAAUUUGAACAACGCUUGGACAUUUUAUAUAAAAUGAGAAAGCGUUUUGGUAAAAACUUGGACUUGAAAAUCAUAAAUUGGUCUUAA